AUGUUCACUUCAGAAUUCAAGGAGAAGAAUAAAGAUGAAAUCCCUCUUCCAGGGAAGAAAGCAAGAGAAAUCCAAACCUUGCUACUUAUGAUGUAUCCUUCUGUGGAGGAGAAACAAGUAACAAAGGCAAAUUGUUACUUCUUGUUUGAACUUGCUCAUGAAUAUCAAAUAGAGUCUAUUGCUCGGAAGUGUGAGGCGUUAAUGGCUUCUAUGGUCAAAAAACGAAUGGAGUAUGAUGUUCUUGCUAUGCUCGUCUAUGGACAAAAGUACGAGCUAAAAACUCUGAUAUCGACGUGUAUAUAUGAAGCAAGACGCUUGACAUUGAUGCAAUUAAAGAGGCAUAGAAGGCGUCUCGAGAUCGAGCCAGACAACUAUAUGCAGAUUGCCGAGGGAAUUAUCCAGCGACUCGAGACACAGUGUAAGGAGGUGAGAGAAGGGAGUCUGAAAAAUCUGGAGCGUGUUAGCGAGAGCCUGUGCUUGCACGUUGAAAGUAAAAGUAGGGGCUGGUCCGGAGAUCUAAAAACCACUAAUGAGCGAUUAGACUAUGUACUGAGUGACAGUGAUAAAAACCACGUUAAAUGUACAUGUUUGAGCCUUAAAAGUGUUGCCGAAGAGUUAAUAGCUCAAAAGAAAACGAUAGAGACCCUACCUUGAUUGAAGCUGGAGAAUAAAUAAAUAAAUAAAUAAAUUAAUUAAUUAAUUAAUUAAGUGUCUUUAUUGUUCAAAAGAUAAAAUUACAUAUCUUAUGUUACAUUUAAAUAUAUCAAUGUUAAUGGGCUAAAGUAUGUCUCUAACUAAGAUUAGUAUAUACAUAGAAACAAAUACAAAAAUCGAAUACAGAAAGUGCACUAUUUACAAAGCUACAUUAUACUUAAAGACAAUUCUAUUAAAGAAUGUAUUCUUAAAAAGGUCCGUGUGAAUGGCGGGCAUUGCGGGAGAUUUAUUCCUUAAGUUGUAUCUUGUAAUCUUAGUCUCAGGGAAAUUAGCUCUAAGAGGGUGGUUCGGGAUACUAGAAACCUUCCUACAAAUUCUAUGAUCUUGCACUUUAAGUAAUUCACCUAUCUCUAAUUUCUUGGAUAUGUAUCUGCGUUUAAAAUAUCGAUCUAAAAACUGCUGGGUUGUAGUUAGCUCUGCUUCAGAGGCCCCAUACACAGAUAAAGCAUAAGUAAUAUUAGGUAGAACAGUGGAAGAGAAUAAAUGGUCUACUUCUGCUUGGCUACAUCCUUCUUUUCGGAGGCAUCUGAUGACGUACAAGCAUUUAUUAGCUUUACAUAACUUUUACAAGUCAAAGGCCCAUUGCCAAACUUGGUGCAACCCGAUCGUUUAUUUUUGUUUUGAAAUCGCACUUUUGUAAAUGGUGUGCUCUGAUUAUAGUCCACACUUUUGCCAGGUUUUCUCGCACUGAGGCAAAGUAGUCAGAGCUAGUCAGCUGUGGUCGCGUCGGCGUUGUGUGUUUCCUCAUCUGACAAAUGGUUGCACCACAGGGCGUCCGCACAAUGUGUGUGUGUAACCGAUUGCUAUUUUAUAGUAAAUGUACUGGAUUUACCUUGUUAUUUUUUAGUAAAUGUACUGGAUUUACCGUUCGCUCCACCUAUAGUGAUAUGUCGCUAAGUAUGUCUAUAAAUCAAUAUUAAAUAAACGUUCAAUUACCUUUCCUGUUGUAAUAUAUUGUCAUCCUUUUGCCUCAAAAGCGGUUUUUUGAGCGAUUUUGAAGGAUUUUGCAUGAGUUCGCAAAACCAACCAGGAAAAAAAAUAAAGGACUUUUAGAAAGUCUAGAGCAAUGUGUGUAUUUCCAUGAAGGUAAUGGCUACUUUCCCCGCUGUAAUUAUGUUUCUAAGACGUAAGCAAGUGCCACACCUAUUUGGUCCAGCUAUAAACAGCUUUUGAUGCCUCAUAUGUAACAAGAUUUUAGGUUAUUGCGAGCGACCAAAGGAGCUCGCAAUCCUCAUCUCUGUCUCCAGGUUGCCGUUACGUAUGUGCGGAAUAUAUUUAUCCAACAUUAUUUUGGCUUUUGCUAAGAAUUACGCGCGUUUGGAGCUCCUUGCACUCUUUCACUAGUUAUUCGCCACUUUUAGGUUGCGUGGGAGACUGGGUCAAGAUGGUUAUCAAGUGCAUUGUGGGACUGCUUUGGGGGACGCAUUUUCAACAUGGCGGCAAAUUUGUCGCCCAAAACAGUCCCACAAUGCACUUUCACAACCAUCUCGACCGGUCUCCCGCGCAACCUCAAAGUGGCGAAUCUGAUCGCGCUCAUUUUGAACUUUUAUCACAUGAAACAUUCGCAAAGCUUAACGUUGGAGCGACAGCGUUUGCGUCGAUCUCACACUUACUCCUUAACCUUUGGUUAUUACUAGUAAUAGUUUUAUAAGUGAGGGAUAUUAUAUUCACUUCGUUUAUUUUGUUUAGAUGGAAUGCCUGCUGGUCGACUAGAAGUGAUGCGUUCUUAUUCAGACACGCCAGACGCCCCUGUUGCUCAUACCCCCUUAAAGAAGCGCUCUAUUCUGAAGAGGUUCUCCUCAAAUUCAAAUAUCUAACUCCUAAGAUAUCACGAGCGCCACGAAUGUGAGUUCAUCACCAUGACACUACCUGGUCACGCACAAGGAUUGUCAAAGCACGCGUAAAGCACGUGCGUCAAUAUUGCGUUUUAUGUUCUUAUGACUGUCAUGACGUCAAAACCAAAGGAACUAAUAUAAAUCAAGCAGCAAAGGCUCGCAAGGGCGGGAAAAUGCAACCGGCCCUGAACACCCUGAACUGCUUGCAAACGUUGCUAAGUGCGGUAAAAAUCUUGCAUGCAAUUGCCUUUAUUGAUUAUCGAUUAUGACACAUCUCAUAGCCUAAAGCAAAGAAAACAAGUGAUUCUGUUUGUCUGCCUUUAGAGAUAGCAGUGUAUUCACUAGCCUGCGUUUGCAACCGCUUCUCAUCGUUUGCCGUCGCUGGCCACCUAUUACGCGUUCUCUCGUAUCAAUGGUUUGUAGUCAAAAGGAGCCGAAUAUUUAUUUCCUAACCUACGAGUCCUACGAGUACAGGGUUGUGUACUCUCAGUGGCAACUGACCUCUAUAACUUAACUCUGGAAAAGUGAAAAAAAGUGGGAGAAGGUUUAAUUAGUUACUUAAAGUAUCGAUUAAAAAAUCCAAUCUAGAAAAACCAAAAAGUGCUGAUUGAGGUUUAGGACAGUAUUCAAGCUAACCGCGACCAAAUAUUUUCUUUGAAAUUAAAUGUGGCGAAAGAUGAUCAAAUAUAAUAUUGCUAAGGGUAGGUUACACUUUUUAAGUUAAAUUUCCCUGUUUAUUACACCACUUUGUAUAUAUGCAUUCAUUCUGUAAAUAAAGCUGGGAAAUUCGGUGAAUGAUCAUGUACGAAAUAUAUACUUUUACUUUACAUUUUGUACUUUUUUUGUAAAACUUGUAACCCUUAAACCUACAAGAGCCUACAAGAGCCCAAGACAAAGCAAAUUCAAGAAAACGCACCGAUUUAUGGAGCGCUUUCACGUGACGUCGUCCGCCAUAUUGGUCAAUUCUAAAACAAUGAAAUGGCGACUAUGUUGGUGUUCCAGCAGUCCUGCGGGUGUUUUAAAACCUUUUUCUUAUGUAAAAACUUUCCUUUUUACAAUAAGUUUGCGUAGCUACCGGUCCCUUGAUUGAAAAGGCCCCUUCUUAUAGCUAUACUCUCGCUGACGUCAUCUAUUGAUAUUAAUGUGCCAACUACAAGCACAUUCGUUCUCGAAACAAAAUAUUCUUUUGUUUCGCUUGUUACACAUUUGCAUGGCAAAAAGAUUUUGGAUUCACAAUACAUCGAGAUAACGAAUCUGAAUCGGCUAAAUGGAGAAACAGUCAUCAGAGAUGUCUCUACUUGGAUCGGAUAAAUUGACUGGUAACUCAGAGCCUUUCAAGUUUGGACAAAUAUCAGACAAUAAUACAAUAAUUUCAUGUUUUGUUUCCGGUUUUAUUCUCUUUUUCGAAACCUUUUUCAGCUUUGACAAAAAUAAUAUUUUCAGCCAUGCCGGGGAAUUUUUGCUAGCUCAUUGCCCCGCUCUUAUCCAGACCUAGAUCUUGAGUUAUGACAUAAAAGUUUUUGUCCACCGACGAUGUUGAUUUGGCGUAAUUCCUAGCUUUUUUUCAGUUAACUCCUGUUUCAAAACAAUGUUUUCUGUUGCAAAAAAUUUAAAUCACCCAAUGAAUUAUAUUGCUUUUCUUUAUAAGACUUCAAUCAAUCAGUUAUUGAAUUAAUCAAUCAAUUAUUUGUCAUUUUCGAGCCAUUUUACAGUUUAGUCUCGUUCAGAUCAUCGUGCAGCUGCCGCCGGUGCGAAACUCACUUGAUAGAUUGAAAUUCAACUCUGGCACGGUAGUUCUUAGCAUGACUUGGUUUCAAACGUCUCAUUAUAAUCAACUGGUUAAUAAUAUUUACAUUAGAAUACAUUUUAAAAGUUGGUUAAACCGGUUAAUAACCAUGGACGUGUCAGUCACGGUCUAUAAUUUCCUCGUAUCCAGUCCUUUUUAUAACUUCCUUUAGCGUAGAGUGAAAGCUAUUCUUUGAGACAAUAUCCGCAAAAGCAAAAACAAGCAAGGUACUCGUUUAUUUAUUCCCUAAGUCCACUACGGCAUGACGCAAGAUUUCGCCUCAGCUUUCCCAACUGAUUUCCUAGAACCAUGGAAGUUAAGCGAUGUGGUGCUUGUUGUUGAGGAUCAAAAAUUUCAUGUUCAUCGAGGUAUUCUCGCAUUUUGGUCGCCCGUGUUUGAAAAGAUGUUCACUUCAGAAUUCAAGGAGAAGAAUAAAGAUGAAAUCCCUCUUCCGGGGAAGAAAGCAAGAGAAAUCCAAACCUUGCUACUUAUGAUGUAUCCUUCUGUGGAGGAGAAACAAGUAACAAGGGCAAAUUGUUACUUCUUGUUUGAACUUGCUCAUGAAUAUCAAAUAGAGUCUAUUGCUCGGAAGUGUGAGGUGCAAAUGGCUUUAUGGUCAAAAAACGAAUGGAGAAUGAUGUUCUUGCUAUGCUCAUCUAUGGACAAAAGUACGAGCUGA